AUGCGCUGGAAUCGAGGCGCCAGAGUUGAGGAGCCGGAAUCGAGAAGCCGGAGUCGAGGAGCCGGAGUCGAGGAGCCGGAGUCGAGGAGCCGGAGUCGAGGAGCCGGAGUCGAGGAGCCGGAGUCGAGGUGCCGGAGUCGAGGUGCCGGAGUCGAGGAGCCGGAGUCGAGGAGCCGGAGUCGAGGAGCCGGAGUCGAGGAGCCGGAGUCGAGGAGCCGGAGUCGAGGAGCCGGAGUCGAGGAGCCGGAGUCGAGGAGCCGGAGUCGAAGAGCCGGAGUCAAAGAGCCAGAGUCGAGGAGCCGGAGUCGAGGAGCCGGAGUCGAGGAGCCGGAGUCGAGGAGCCGGAGUCGAGGAGCCGGAGUCGAGGAGCCGGAGUCGAGGAGCCGGAGUCGAGGAGCCGGAGUCGAGGAGCCGGAGUCGAGGAGCCGGAGUCGAGGAGCCGGAGUCGAGGAGCCGGAGUCGAGGAGCCGGAGUCGAGGAGCUGGAAUCGAUUAA